AUCACCAGAUCUCUCCCCGUUUUCAAAGAUUAGGGUUUGCUACGCCGAGGAAGGAUCAAUCCAGCUAAAAAUGGCGAUGAGGAAGAUGCUCAAUGAGAUGAAGGGAAAGACGGUGAAGGAGGUUCCUGGCUAUUUUAAGGAGAAGCUAUCCAGCGACUUCUUGAAGCAGUCUGUGCAGAAGUGGCUGGAUAACUACCACGCUAAGUACAUUCAGACGAGCUCAAUCCAGCCUCUCUACCAUGUCUGCUUCGGUGGCAUGAUCUUUUCCUACCUCGUUGCCCUCCCCGAGGAACGCCGUCACCUGGAGCACCAGCAGCACGCCAAGGAACACGGCGGUCACCAUUGAUUGAUCGAUGUUAUUAUUCGAUCAAUACAGGGGAAAAUAAAAGAAAGAAACGGAACUUCUUGGGUUGGCUUGGUGACUGUUCGCUUGCUUGAAUGUUUUGGUUGUAAUUUGUUGCUACUGUAGGCAGUAAUACUGUCUUCUUGUAUGCGUUGCUGCAUUAAGUGAUAAAAUAAGGUUUACCUGACUAUGACUGAGAAAUUUUAGUUCCUGUGUUUCUUUAUGUGAAUGAACACAGGGAAAAACAAACAUGGAUUUUUUUCUUCUUUCACUUGAUUUUAUUGUUGUUAAGUGUCAUGGAAGAACAUGCGUACUGCAAUUAUGAUUUUGCACAAAAAUCAAAGGACUCGGAACUU